AUGGUGUCCGCGACCUGGGAGAACUUCCAUGUGGGAAAAGAAUGCGGCCAUGUGAAAUGGUCCCGAAAAAUUCAACCCAAAUUGACUGUGGCCUCCGGCGAGACCGUCUCAUUCGAUGCCAUCGACAGUAGCAACGGCCAACUCCACCCCGGUUCCGACGCCUCAGCGAUUAAAUCCCUGGAUCUCGGUAUCGCCAAUCCGGUCUUCGGUCCAAUCUUCGUGCAAGAUGCCCAGCCUGGCGACGUGCUCAAGGUCAGUGUGCUGAACCUCGAAGUCGCAGAUUGGGGUUGGUCCGCCAUCAUUCCGGGCUUUGGCUUGUUGGCAGAUGAGUUCACAGACCCGGAGAUCAAGAUCUGGUCUCUCGAUCGGGAGAAUGGCUACGCCCGAUUUAAGGACAUGCGGAUUCCCCUUCGUCCCUUCCUGGGCUGCAUGGGCCUGGCGCCCGCCAACGAUGAUGAGCUCUCCACUGUGCCGCCCACACAUGCCGGCGGGAACAUGGACUGCCGCGAGCUGAGCGUCGGCUCCACGGUCUACUUGCCCGUGCAAACUGCAGGUGCUCUUUUCAGUUGCGGUGAUGGCCAUGCCGCACAGGGCCAGGGCGAAGUCUGCGGUACCGCCAUCGAGACCCCCAUCCGAGCAACUCUCCGUUUCGAGCUCCUCAAGAACCAACCUUGGAUGACGGCUCCCCAGUACCAAACCCCUCCACGGUCUCAAAUACCAAAUCCCCUCCCGGAUCUGGGUACAUACGGUGCCCUCGGUGUCUCCUCCGACCUUUUCCAGGCUGCCAAGACUGCCACUCGUAACCUUGUUCAAUGGCUUGUCGUCACCAAGGGUCUUACGCGCAGCGAGGCCUACAUUCUGGCUAGUGUCGCCGCAGACUUGCAUAUUGCCGAGAUUGUCAACGUGCCCAACUACGAAGUCGCUAUGAGUAUCCCCUUGGGUAUUUUUAGCUAA